UUACUCUCGGAGAUGGACCCCGUUCUCUUUCAAGCUCGAGCUCUUGGAAGCAGCUUUGCAAGCUUUUUCUCAACAUGGUGCACGUCGCCAGCUUCCGGAACUAUGGAAAGACCUUCAAGAAGCCGCGCAGGCCGUUCGAGAAGGAGCGUCUUGACGCUGAGCUGAAGCUCGUGGGGGAGUAUGGUCUCCGCAACAAGCGUGAGCUGUGGAGGGUUCAGUACGCUUUGAGCCGUAUCCGCAACAAUGCACGUAUGUUGCUUACUCUCGAUGAGAAAAAUACUCGUCGUAUUUUUGAGGGAGAGGCCCUUCUGCGACGCAUGAACCGAUAUGGUUUGUUGGACGAGAGUCAAUGCAAGCUCGAUUACGUGCUUGCCCUCACCGUUGAGAACUUCUUGGAGCGUCGCCUGCAGACUUUGGUGUUCAAGUCUGGUAUGGCCAAGUCCAUCCACCAUGCCCGUGUGCUAAUCAAGCAAAGACACAUCAGAGUUGGCAAGCAGAUAGUGGACGUGCCUUCUUUCAUGGUCCGCUUGGACAGCCAGAAACACGUAGAUUUUGCCCUCUCUAGCCCACUUGGAGGUGGCAGACCUGGAAGAGUGAAGCGAAAGAACAUGAAGGCUGCGUCGAAGAAGGCCUCAGGCGGUGAUGACGAUGAAGAGGAAGACGAUGAGUAGGUUAUUAUAAAUCUCUCACCGUGGGAUUCUACAUUCUGGUGAUGGGCUCUGUUACUAGUUUUGAUGAGUAAAAACUAGUGUUUUCAUCAAGUAAAUAAUCUUGUCGAAUGCAUCUGGUUUCUUGAA